CGAAAGUAAAGUGCGCAUGCGUGGACUUCCGUAGUUGUGCAGCCAGAAAACAGGGAAGUGGCCGGAGCGGUAGUAACUCAUGUUCUUAGAAUUUGCUCCACAUUGUACCACACCGAGGUUCCAUGUGGGCCCCGUUCUCCCGGAGCCGCUCCUAGAACCAUGGCUGCAGGACGUGCGCGCCGCGCGCUCGCCGCCGCCGCCGCCGCGCUCCUCCUCGUCGUCCCUCCGCUGUUCGCGGCUCCUCAGCCGCACGUCGUGUUCGUCCUCGCCGAUGACUUCGGCUGGCACGACGUGGGCUACCACGGCUCCGAGAUCCGGACGCCGAACCUGGACAAGCUGUCCGCCGCCGGGGUCCGGCUGGAGAACUACUACGUGCAGCCGCUGUGCACCCCGUCCAGGAACCAGCUCAUGACUGGGCGGUACCAGAUUCACACCGGCAUGCAGCACCAGAUCAUCUGGCCCUGUCAGCCGUACUGCGUCCCGCUGAGGGAGAAGCUGCUGCCCCAGCUGAUGAAGGAGGCCGGCUACGCCACGCACAUGGUGGGCAAGUGGCACCUGGGAAUGUACAGGAAGGACUGCCUGCCCACGCGACGGGGCUUCGACUCGUACUUCGGCUACCUGACGGGCAGCGAGGACUACAGCACCCAUGUGCGCUGCAGCCACAUCCCCGCCCUGAACCUGACCCGCUGCGCCCUGGACCUGAGGGACGGGGAGGAGGUCGCCACGGGAUACGAAGGCGUGUACUCCACCGAGCUGUUCAGCCAGAGAGCCGUCAGCAUCAUCGAGCAGCACGCUGCCGACAAGGUGACGGGCGAUAAUAGUGGUGACGGUCGCAGGGUUACAAGCGCUAACGGCCUCGCGCGCUUCCCCGUCCUCCAGCCGCUGUUCCUGUACGUGGCGCUGCAGGCGGUCCACGCGCCGCUCCAGGUGCCGGAGCGCUACGUGGCCCCGUACAUCUUCAUCCAGGACCGCGACCGCAGGGCGUACGCGGGCAUGGUGGCGGCCAUGGACGAGGCCGUGGGCAACAUCACGCGGAGUCUGCAGCGGAGAGGGCUUUGGGACAACACGGUGCUGGUGUUCUCCACAGAUAACGGCGGUCAGACGCUGUACGGCGCCAGCAACUGGCCGCUGCGGGGCAGGAAGUGGUCGCUGUGGGAGGGCGGCGUCCGCGGCGUCGGCUUCGUCGCCGGCCCGCUGCUGGAGCGGCCCGGCAGCAUCAGCCGGGAGCUGGUGCACGUCUCCGAUUGGCUGCCGACGCUCGUGCACGUGGCGGGAGGGAGCGCGGCGGGCACGCUGCCGCUGGACGGCUUCAACGUGUGGCACACGAUCAGCAACGGCUUCGCCUCACCCAGACUGGAGCUGCUGCACAACAUCGACCCUCUGUACGUCGACAUUGCUCCAUGCCCCGGCGGGAGUCACGCACCUUUGGCUCCGGUGAUCGACAAGGACUCGCGGGCCAGAUUCAGCUUUAACAUGUCCGUUCACGCCGCCAUUCGAUCCUCCAACUGGAAGCUGCUGACUGGGUACCCAGGUUGCGACAUCUGGUUCCCACCGCCGGGCUCCAGCGGCUCUGAGACGAGUCCACCCGGGUUGGACCGCCUGAAGCCUGUCAUGCUGUUCGACGUGGAACAGGAUCCGGAGGAAAGGAAUGAGGUAUCAGCUCAGUUCCCGGAGGUAGUGGACUACCUGCUCAAGAGGCUGCAGCACUACCAGGAAAGCGCUUCGCCCAUCAACUUCCCUGACGAUGACCCCAGGUGUGACCCGGGCCCCACUGGAGCCUGGGGGCCCUGGGCUUAGAUGGAGAAGACGGUGACCACUAUUAUGAAGGUUGUAGCACUUUGGUUACUGUAACUUUUCCACCGAGCAACUUCUGUGGAGAUGAAUCACUGAGGAUUUUGAUGGAGAUAACUGUUUUUGUGACCAGCCUGUCACAUUCACUGGCCUGAAUGCUUUCACGUACUCGCUCAAACUCAAGGUCUGAGCUGUGUGAGCUGCACAUGUUGCUGAUUUGUAAAGACCAUCUCCCUGCUGUUCCAGGUAUUUGCACUUCAUUUAUCUACUGUUGGGAAGCCGCCAGCCACUGGAGCGUGUCGAACACAAAGCCGAAGCCUCGCUCCAACCAAAACAAGUUUUCCUUUUGAAAAGGAAGUAUUUUUGAGCUUUUUAAGUUUGCAUGGGUGUGUAUGGAACAUGGAGGAGGUGCAGGUAAUGCAAAUAUUUUAGUUUGAAAUAUUAACUUCUAAAAAUCUAUAUUUUUAUUAAAGCCAAAUUGCCUGCAUAACUUAAAA